UCUUCAGGAACUGAUAGCGAAUACUGUUCUUAAAAAAGUUUCAGGUCUGACAGAAUAACUGCAAGCUUUUAUAAAGCUCUUUGUUGCUAUAUUUUGGACUCUGCCUACAUGUUCUUCCUCUGAAUAUUUAACUGAAGGCUCUUUUAGGUAACAUGAUUCUCCCUAAUACCAAGGGAGUUGAGGGGGUUAAAAUCUUAGUGGACGGUAGUCUAAGAUCUGUCACGGACAAGGACAGCUAUUACAAGAUUGACCAGGUAUAUUUAAAUGUCUUGUUCCAAGUUGUAAGCCUGGUACAUUGGUUGUUACCCAACUACUCAUAGUGAAUGUUUCAAGGCUUCUAUAACGUAGAGUAAUGGGUUUGGCUAGAAGGCUGGAGUCUUAUAAAGCAAACAUUAUUUCUUUUAUAUGAAACUCGUUUUGAAGUAUCAUCCUGAUAAGAAUCAAGGAAACGAUGAAGCUACUCGCAAGUUCGCUGAGAUCAAUAAGGUUCCGAAUCAAAGCUGCACCACAUGCCCGUUUCGGAGAGAUGGCAACGAUUUACACAUGACCAUCAACAUUACACUGGUUGAGGCGCUAGUUGGUUUUGAGAAAUCAUUUAAACACUUGGAUGAUCACGGAGUUGACAUCGGUUCCAAGGGAAUUACAAAUCCCAAGGAAGUGAAGAAGUUCAAAGGAGAAGGGAUGCCACUCCACUACAGCACAAAGAAAGGCAACCUUGUCACUUUUGAGGUUAUGUUUCCUUCGUCACUACAAGAAAACACGCCGAAUUCCGACGGAGAUUCCGACGGACCUCAAUGUCGUCGGACGUUUGUGACGGAUUACUGA